GAACCUGAGGGAUCCUGGAGAGAAGAAGAGAGCGCAGGGGCAGCCGUCGGAGUGAUGAGGCUGUGAGGGAGAGCUGCUCAGGGAAAGCUCGAUCAGGUUGUUUUGGGGCAUCGUCUGGUCUGAGAGGAAUCGCUCUGCAGAACCAUGGGAGCCUCCAGUGGCAAGGCGUCUCUCCUCUCGGGGCUUCUUGUGUUCAUGCUGUGUGUCGUCGUCUCUCGGUGUCAGGAGGAAUUCUCUGGACAACUCUCAGGUGAGGAGCGCACCUAUGAAGGCUCUUUGGUCAAUAACUAUGACAACAUGGCCGCCCCUCAACCAGAGUAUCCACCGGAGCCGACUCAGCGCUACGACGACGACUACGACCAUUACGGCCCCAUCCCCUCCCGGGUCACCAUGAUCACUGAGGACACUUUCCCUUACGCCACCACCACCGAGUCCCACUACGCCAAGGAGGACAUGGAGACCAUGCAGGUCCCGUACGAGUACCCUGCAGCAGGGCCGGACACAGAUUCCUCCGAGGAGUCUGGGGCUGAUGCUGCACUCGGGGAGGAGGGGCCCACAGAAUGCGACUGUGAACCUGGAGAACCUGGAUUUGCUGGAUUUGCAGGACCAAAGGGAUCCAGAGGCUUGCAGGGUAAAACCGGUGAGCCAGGAGCUCAAGGCCGAGAGGGUUACAAAGGAACCAAAGGUGUUCGAGGAAGAGGCGGAGACCCCGGACCAGUGGGCGAUGUCGGGCUUGAAGGAGACGACGGUGCUUCUGGUUUCUCUGGAGCCAUGGGAGAACCUGGACUUCCAGGAGACCCAGGCGAGCAUGGAGAGCUGGGUCUGAAGGGCGACGUCGGUAUGGAGGGACCUGGCGGAGGCGUCGGAGCUCCUGGUGAGACUGGCCCUCGUGGUGAUGCUGGGCCUCAAGGACCAAAGGGAGGUAGAGGUAUCAAGGGGUCUCAUGGGGAUGAAGGCAAAGAGGGUCCACAGGGACGCGAUGGACAGAAGGGUCAAACCGGAGCCCCCGGGUUUCCAGGUGACGUCGGAGACAGAGGCUACACUGGGUACCCUGGACAGCUGGGGGGCAUCGGACCCACUGGACCAAAG